AUGCGUGCUAGGAUUUCGUUUAAGGGCAUCGGCAGCCUGUUCAGUGCGCUGAAGGUGGUACGCCUGCUGCGGCUGGGCCGCGUGGUGCGGAAGCUCGACCGCUACCUGGAGUACGGCGCGGCCAUGUUGAUAUUGCUGCUGUGCUUCUACAUGCUGGUGGCGCACUGGCUCGCGUGCAUCUGGUACUCGAUCGGGCGGUCGGACGCGGACAACGGCGUCCAGUUCUCGUGGCUGUGGAAGCUGGCCAACGUCACGCAGACGCCCUACUCCUACGUCUGGAGCAACGACUCGGGCUCGCCGGAGCUCGUCAACGGGCCGUCGCGCAAGACCAUGUACGUGACGGCGCUCUACUUCACCAUGACCUGCAUGACCAGCGUCGGCUUCGGCAACGUCGCCGCCGAGACCGACAACGAGAAGAUCUUCACCAUCUGCAUGAUGAUCAUCGCCGCGCUGCUGUACGCCACCAUCUUCGGUCACGUGACGACCAUCAUCCAGCAGAUGACGUCGGCGACGGCCAAGUACCACGACAUGCUGAACAACGUGCGGGAGUUCAUGAAGCUGCACGAGGUGCCCAAGGCGCUGAGCGAGCGCGUCAUGGACUACGUCGUCUCCACCUGGGCCAUGACCAAGGGGCUGGACACCGACAAGGUGCUCAACUACUGCCCGAAGGACAUGAAGGCGGACAUCUGCGUGCACCUGAACCGCAAGGUGUUCAACGAGCACCCCGCCUUCCGGCUGGCCAGCGACGGCUGCCUGCGAGCGCUCGCCAUGCACUUCACCAUGAGCCACUCGGCGCCGGGGGACCUGCUCUACCACACUGGCGAGUCCAUAGACUCGCUCUGCUUCAUCGUCACCGGCUCGCUCGAGGUCAUCCAGGACGACGAGGUCGUCGCCAUCCUCGGCAAGGGCGACGUGUUCGGCGACUCCUUCUGGAAGGACAGCGCAGUGGGGCAGUCGGCGGCCAACGUGCGGGCGCUGACGUACUGCGACCUGCACACCAUCAAGCGCGACAAGCUGCUGGAGGUGCUCGACUUCUACCAGGCGUUCGCCAACUCCUUCGCCCGCAACCUCGUGCUCACCUACAACCUCAGGCAUCGGCUGAUCUUCCGGAAGGUGGCGGACGUGCGCCGCGAGAAGGAGCUGGCCGAGCGGCGGAAGAACGAGCCGCAGCUGGACCAGAGCCAGGACCACCUGGUGCGCAAGAUCUUCUCCAAGUUCCGCCGCGACCGCGCCGCCGCCCAGCACCAGCAGGCGCUGCCGCCGCCGUCGCCGACGACGACGGACGUGGAGAAGGGCGAGGGCGGCGUCACGACGCCCUCUGGGGAUGCCUCCUGCUCGUCGCCGGCGCUGCGCGUCCCCAAGCUGUCCAGCGUCGCCGAGCGCCACGACUCCUCCUCCACCAACGCCGCCAGCUCCAGCAACACCAAUGGGGCCAAGCCGCACCGGCCCACCACCAUACGUGCCUCCAGGCAUUGUCUCAUGCUUCACCAUGACAGACGACUCCAGUCUCUGGCCAGUCGUGUAUCACAGUGGGGACGCCUGCUGGGGUCCAGCGGCGGGAGUGUCGACUCGUCCGACGCGGGCAGUAGUUCGGCUGCAGCGGCGCUGAUGUCGCGCUCGCUGUCCAUCCGGGGUGACCACCACGGCGGAAGUGGCGCUGGCGGCGCGCAGGCCAAAAAUGGCGGCGCUUCCUCUUCUGGUGGGGCGCCAGGCUCGUCUUCCUCGCUCGGAGGCAACGGAGGCUCGGGGAAUAAGGUGUUCCCGAAGCUGCCUAAGCCGAUGACGAGGCAGGACACGAUGGAGGAAAUCGUCGAGAUCGAAGACCGUUACAACCGUCCAGGGAGCCUUCGUAAGGUGGAGUCGUGUGACAGCGGCAUGGUCCGCAGUGUGGAGCAGAGGCUGAACGACCCCCCACCCACGCCUCACCCCGUCGUCUCAGGGGUGGCUGCCAUGCUGCCUCCGGCAGAGUACAAGGACCUCGUGGCCAACAUCAUGGACUUCAAGGUCGACGUCAAACUCGAGGUCCAGCGGUUACACCAGAAGGUGGGCCGCAUGGAGGAGAUGCUGGCCGAGAUCGUGCAGAGGCUCGGCCCCGCCCCCACCCCCGCCCCCGCGCCGGAGGCGGCCGCCCCCGACGCGGCGGCUGGAGGAGCGUCGGCGGCGGACGUGUCGCAGGUGAGCCUCCAGCCCAAGCCGCAGCAGCAGUCUGCCACGCCCACCUCGUCCUCGUCGUCUUCUGGCGGCGGCGGCGGGGGCGGAACCACCAUCCCGGUACCAGUCAGCGGGGGUGGAAACGGCGUGGGAGGCCUCGUUCUCAGGAAAAGGAGGUCCAAGUCCAGGAACAAGGGCGCUGCGCCCGGGGUGCCCACCACGAGCUCGCCGAGGACUUCCCCGACGGAGACGACGAGGAUGCUGCCGCCCACGGAGGAGGCGGACUCGGGGGCCUCGUCCGAGGAGAAGAGGUCCUCGUACCGCCGCUCCAGGGAGUUCCUGUAG